CGGAAGAUAGCCCCAAAGCUCUAUGGCGGUGUUUUCCAUUGUGACUUCCCUGAUCGGCGACGCGGUAUCUAAGCGAAGAUAUUUGUUUUUCACAGUGGUAUGAUUUGUAAAGAUGCACACAACUUGUUAGCUCAGCUGUAGCCAAAGUACAAAGCCUUUAAGCCAUAUUCGGAAGUGAUGGAUAACCUACAGAACAGCUCAGACUCAGAGGCCGGUUGUCCUUUGUACAGUCCCCGGAUGGAGCCAGACACUCCGGACUCCCUGAACAACGCCUGUCUGUUGAAUGACAGCGAAUACCUGUUUGAAGACCCUGGGCAUGAAUUCUCCUCCAGUUUUGUUCCCGAGACCCCGAGCCCAAUGAUUCACAGAGGAAAACGACACUCUCAAAAAGAUGACGACAAAAGUGUGGUGACUUCGUCCUGUUUGGAUGAGAAAAAAUGGGAAAGAAGAGAGCACGUCCCAGGAUACCUCAGCACCACUCCAGCCUCCAUAAGAACAAUGAAGCGGCGCAGACUGGAGGACUCAAAUGCAAGUGCUCUGUACGGACACUCCAGCAUUACGCCGGGAGCAAAUGGAUUUGUAACGGCCUCGUCUGUUUUACACUCUGAUUUCACGUGGUUAGAAUCUCCACGUCCAGCAACGUCCUCUGCCUCACAUGUUUCUGCAUCUUGCAAGCCUUCGUCCUCCGCUGGGUCUUCCACAUGUGCAUCAGAUCAAACUAGUGAUCCAACAUAUUUAAACGAGCUGCUAGUGACCGGUCACACCUCUAUGCAAAAGACACUAAACAAAAGCAAUGGAAGGGAACACAGGUCCAAAAAGAGUAUCUAUAGCAAGACCAGAUCUAAAGCCUCUAAAAGUAAAACAGCACACUUCCCUUUACUCGCCACUGAGGAUGAAGCUUUACUGCUGGAUGCAGCAAAGAGAAUGCAAGGACCAGCAAGUUCACCUGUAUGUCCGAUACCUGAUGAUAUUGUCAUCAUAGAGGAUGAUGCUGAUGAUGAUAUAGUCCGCUCCGUUCAGAUGGCUGAGGAUGAGGCGUAUGCCAAAAGCCUUCAGGAACAGUUUGAUAUGGAGGAGCGGAUGGAGCAGCAGAGGCUACAGAGCAGAUCGCCAAGUAGAAACAGCCACAACCACAUGGUUGAUCCUUAUGUUGGCUUGGGCUGGAUUUCUCCUUGGGCCUCAUUGAUGAACUCGGCUUCGUUCUCACAUGGACACACUGAGCUUUCAGAGCUACAGCAGGCCAUCUUUGGAGAACAACCCCGCAGACAGGGUCGUCGGCAAACCAGCAGAACUCAAAAUUCCCGGCGCAGACCGGCCGCCCGCUCACAAACGGACUUGUUUGAUGACAGCCAGGGGAAUAAUUAUGAGGCUCUCUUAGCGUUCGAGGAGCAACAAGGUGCUGUAGUAUCCAAGAACACUCUGACUAAGGCCGAGAUCGAACGGCUGCCCAUAAAAACCUACGAUCCCGCACACAGCGCAGGAAAGACAGAUUGCCAGAUCUGUUUCAGCGAGUACAAGGCGGGUGAACGACUCAGGAUUCUUCCAUGUCUCCAUGAUUACCACGUGAAAUGCAUCGACCGCUGGCUAAAGGAAAACGCCACCUGUCCCAUCUGCAGAGCGGAUAUAUCAGAUAUCAGUGGUGGUUUUUCUUGAGUGCGCACAACUUCAGGACUCGGUAUCUACCUCACAGCUGGUCAUGUGACUCCGUUUGUCUUUUAGUCUUAUUUAAGUGUUAUUUAACGCUUUUUAAAUGAGUAUUAUUUUCUGGUGUUUGAACCAGCAUAAGGCACGCCCAAGCAACUGAUUUAUUAGAAGAUCCUUCUAAAACAUAACAGAUAUGAAAAUCACACCAGUGGCAACAAAUCGACACUGUUAGCAAUAGCGAAACUUACAUUUGUUAUGCUCUUCAAAUAAAAUAAAUUUCUAUAAA